UGUUCCGAGUAUGAACAUCAUACAGCAAGAUUGUAAUUAUUUUCUGCAUUAAAUAUGUGAUUUUGUGAGGUUUGCAUGCUUUCAAGCGAUAAUAAAACCGCCCCUUGCCGCUAGCAAAGCAGUCACUGCUGUCUCCAGUGCGCGGUAACGUUCUUUAUAUUAUUAAAUGUGCUGUAAGCGAUAUUUUUGUUAGAUGACAAGCAGAAAAUGUCCCCAUUCCCUGAAAAAUAUCAAUUGAAUUGGUGCAAUGGCACAAUACCUGUCUCUGUGACAACGCUAUAGUCUCUAUAAACAGUGAAUAAAUAAAUAUGAAUAAUAACAACAAUAAUAAUUGCAGUCAGUUUGACAGUUACCAAUAUAAGUUUGAGAUUUUUUUAAAUAUCAAUAUAGUUUGCUACGUGAAGUUCUAGAACACUUAAAAACGUUAUCUUGUGACCUUGCAGUGCAGAAAGGUUUCCUAAAAAACAUUUGGAAAAAUACAGCAAUUGCGCCGGAGGCAGCAGAUGUCUCUAACCUUGGUUGUUGAAUGAACAGUUAAAUUAAUGGAGCUGUCAAGGUUAUUUUAAGCGUUGUAGUGUUGAGCAAGGUUUUGUUAAUUAGAUUUUCAUAUCUCGAAGGAAUACCAGUACUUGCAAGUCAGCACAAAAAUAGCAUCUACAGUGGCUACAUUGUGGUUUAAAAAGUAUCACUUCUGGAUAUUGUUGUGUGCAGUGGUGUAGUGGUGCCUGGAGAAGUGUGUAUACUCUUAAUUUAUGCCCCUCAUUUUUUUUUUUAAAGUGGCCCAGCAAAGGAUGAACGCCCUGUGUUAUAAACAGUGACAUGUAAGACUAGUCUUGCAUAUUUUGUUCACCCCAAAAUGGGCCAAUAGUUUUUGCACACUGUCACUUAACUUCUGCUGCUUGACUUCACAGAGUAAGGAUCAUUAUGAAAUUAAUAUUAGCCACAGAAGAGGUGCAGCAUUUGCAAUCAAUGCUGGCCCAAAUACUAUAGGAAGAGACAACUACAUAAUUAUGAAUUUUGUGUGAACUAUUCCUUAUUCCAGAAAAUUGGACAGCUAUUAUAUAACCAUGCAGGUAGUCUAUAGCAGUCUUUACUGGGUGUUUUUAGGAUAUAUUUGCAUUUAUUCACAUGCGAUUGCAGUGUUUCCCACUAGAUUUUGUGAGACUAUGGGGGGUGGACCUCCGACCCUCUUAGGGGGUUGGGGGGGGCAUGCUCCCCUGUAAGAAAAUGUUGUACAUUUUAAAGUUAAAUACUUCCAUAUGGUGCACUUUGAGAGCAAAAUAAAGAGGCUAGUGUUGUGCUCUUUUAAACAGUGUCGUGGUCUUAAAGCUGCAGUUGGCAACUUUGAAAUAAAUUGAAUUGAGAAACAGCGCCCCCAAUUCUUCCCCAUAUACAUGAUGCUCUUCACCCCCAGCCAGAGUUUAAUUGACAGCUGUUCACAAACAGGCCUGCCUUGACAAAAGCGAUUGGCUAAAAUUUUGCUGGAUUGACACUACCCAACCCACAUUUGUCACUCAGAGCUAGAGUCUGUGGUGCUAACUAAUUUCUCACAGGGCCUCAUUUAACAAGACACCAUGUUUAUAUAGAAGGUUUUUUUUUCUUUCAAUGAAUUUUUACUACCUAUGGUAGCUUUAACAAUUUUAUGCUCUAACCAUUCUGAAAAGUAGGGUACAAACUAGGGAUGUCAGUUUCAGCUUUUUAUCUUUUGACAAAUUUGACAUUCUAUAAAUUUUUAUGAUAUCAUGAAAUUGCAUUUUUACUAAUGAGACAAGCUGUUGUCACUGUUUUUCAUUUUCAAAUUUCAUACAUAUUAUUAACAAAACAAUUCACAAGGUGGGAACCUAAUAAUUAAAAUUAGGGGCUGACAAUUAAUUGUCAAACAAAUAAUUGCAAUUAUGAUGAUUUGACUAUGACCCAGCCAACCUGUAUAGGUAUUAUAUUAUAUUGUAUUGUAUUGUGCAAUAGUAAAAUAUUUCUGCCUUAAAUUCCUCACUUUCACACAUUAUGUUAAGGCUCUCUGAUUAACUCACAAGCCCUUAUUUCUCAUGAAGGAAGAUUUGAGAUUGUGUUUCUUGCAUUUGAACUUCUCCACAGAAAUAGAGCAGGACAUCUCCUCUGUCUCACUGCUGCACUGCGUGAAUAAACCCCAUUUGCAUUACAUGGCCGUUAAUUGAAACUGGAGUCCUUUGUGUUCACAAAAUUAAUACAUUUACCUUGUUAUUCUUCACGGGAGUUUGGCGAAAGUCUCAUCAGAAUGCUUGAACAUCAGAAUGCUUGAGAAGUGAUUCAUCUUCUCAACUGGGUGACACAAGUGCUUUUGCCUGCGCUCAUCAGACAGCAUGCAGGGAAAGACGAGGCUGAAUCCAGCUUCAACUGUUUGUAUUCAGUAAAAGGGACUCGGUGUUCGAAACUACAGUACUCUGUUAAUUUCAUUAUUGAAAGUGCGGCAUCAUUUUAUUAUGCCUCUCUUUACUUGUUGCCAGUGGCUAAUAACAGAAGUUUUUUGGUCGCACAGUGAGUAAAUUACUCGCAUAUGUGAGUGAUUUAUAUGCAAUGUAGAGGGCUGAGUUAACGUUACUUACCUCAAAGGUUUGUCAUCGUCCUCAACCAAAUAAUGGACAGAAUACUCCAGUGCAUUUAUCUGUGAGUGUGUGAGUUUACUGCAAUGGGUGAGGAACUGAUUGGCGCACACGCAAAACACAACCUUUUAUUUGAUGUUAUUAUGAGACUGAGAAGUGCAAAAAUAUUUUAGAUGAGAAGUGUAAAAAAAAUUGGGUUUGUGGCGGGGCAAUUUAGACUAGUCAAUUAAUGGUAAACACUGCGAUUGGAUUAGCUACUUAUGUGCUGGACUGUCAAGUUUUUGGCUAAUGCAGGACACUACUGAAUGAUGCACAUCAGAGGGGAUUUAGAAUUGGGUAUAUGCAAUGCAGACUUGUAAAGAAGUGGGUGUACGCCCUAUACCUGCGUAUACCCUGCACUACGUCCCUGGUUGUGUGUGGUUUCAGAGCAAUUCAGGUCCAUCCAGCUGGUCUCUCAACCCUGUGACCUCUGGCUAAGCUCUUUAAAAGCACUAUGGGGAACACAAGCAGUGAGAGGGCAGGCAUAGGCCAGGACAAGGCCCACCGAAGAGACAGCCAAGGAACCAAGGAGGGAGAUCGUCCUAAAAUCCUGAUGGACAGCCCUGAGGAUGCUGAUAUUUUUCACGGCGAAGACAUCAAGGCACAGUUAGAAAAAGAGGAGUUCAUUGAAUGGAGACCAGACCUGGAAACCAAUGAAAAGGAUGCCGCUUUGGAUCGACCCACCGUAUUUAGGUGGACUGGAGCUGGGAAGGAAGUCUUUGUCUCUGGCUCUUUUAACAAUUGGGCCAACAAGAUUCCUUUGAUUAGGAGUCAAAACAACUUUGUGGCGAUUGUGGAUUUGCCUGAGGGUGAGCACCUGUACAAGUUCUUUGUGGAUGGACAAUGGACACAUGACCCAAAAGAGCCUGUGGUGACCAACCAGCUUGGCACGGUCAACAACAUCAUCCAGGUGAAGAAGACAGACUUUGAGGUGUUCGAUGCUCUCAUGGUUGAUUCCCAGAAGUGCUCUGACAUGUCAGACCUGUCCAGCUCUCCUCCUGGGCCGUACCAUCAGGAUGCUUAUCUAGCCAAACAGGAGGAGAAAUUCAAAUCACCCCCCAUUCUGCCCCCCCAUCUAUUACAGGUCAUCCUCAAUAAGGACACAGGUGUCUCUGUCACCAGAACCGACUGGAUCCAGCUCUAUUCUUGCUUCAUGUUGGACUCCACUGCUAUGUGUCGCUGAGUGAUGAUGACUAAUAGCAGCCAAACAUCACUUUAGUCUAUUACGAUGGACUUCUGAGGAUGAACUGAUGCCAACUCAAAUAAGACAUGGGAUACUUCAUACACCAUUGCCUUGAACCUUGGAUUUAGGAUAGACCUCACUGAAAUUACCGGCCAGUUUGAACUGCGAUGCACUUAAUCGAUCUCUGCCUGUAUCACCUCAGUCUAAUGAUGGACUACACUCUUGAAAUAGAAUACAUAGACUAUAAAUUAAUUGCCAACAAAACCCUUCAUCAGCCAACUAACAAGGACAAUUUAAUCUAUGUGAACUUCUGCAGUUAAUCCAGGAUGGACUUCAAAGACAUUAGUCAUUAAUCUUUCAGUUCAUUCAAAAUCUUUGUUUAAACACUGACCCUUAACACUUACUUAGUUGAAUAAUUUGAAACCAUGACUUGCACUAUACAUAAGUAAUAUUGGCAUUAUAUUCAUGAUGUUAGUCAGAGGGGAACUGGCCCCCUCAGUGAGCCUGGUUUCUCCCAAGGUUAUUUUUCUCCAUUAACCAACAUCUUAUGUAGUAUUGUGUUCCUUGCCACAGUCACCUUCGGCUUGCUCACAAUAUACAAUUACAAAAUAAGACGUUAAAUGUUUGGAUUUGGGGAGGUGGUUGUAUAAUAUUUUUUUGGCAACUUUGUUAUUUUAUUGUUUUUAUCAGUUUGUGUAAAGCGCAUUUUUAAUUAAGAAAUGUAUUUUGUUGAAUUUGUUUGUGUUCCAAUGAAUGAACUACAUUUUUAAAGCAAAAUCAAUAAAGCAAAAAUAU